UCUGAAUCCUGCAGUUAAAGUUCAGCUACCAAAAUGGAGAUCCAAAAAGACCUCAAGAGGAGACGACCUCGGAUGGAGAGUUACGACCAAAAGCUGGAACAGCGGGCAGCAAAACAUGAGUUCUUGAGAGAUCGCAACAAUGUGACGACAUGUCGCAGCCCAGGACACAAGCUGGAGGCCGACUGGAAGAGUGAGAUGCAGCAGAAAAGACAGAUGGAGUUCCAGAGAAGGAGACAGUUUGUCCAGGCUGCCACUCCUCAGGCUGAUGAAAAGGAGUCAAAUAAGGAGACCAAAGUCACGAUGAGGACCAACAGGCAGAGAGUGCCUCUUAUCCACAGACAGUCCCUUAUAUCAGCAGAGACACUGGGGAUCACCUGGCCAGACGUACACUCCAUCAGGAAGGUAAGGACAUGACCUGUAUAACAUAAUAAUACACAUUACCUGUGUGACAUAAUAAUACACAUUACCUGUAUGACAUAAUAAUACACAUUACCUGUAUGACAUUGUGUUAUUAUAUGUCUGUUAUACGCAAAAACUGGAAUAUUCGGUUUUGUCAAACACAAAAGUGGUGUGUGACAGUUGAAAAAACUGUUUCAUCAGGCAUCGUGGAUCACCUCACCACCACAGCAAGGGACAGGAGGUACAAACAAAACAGGGGAGCUUCACUCUGACUUCUCACAGACAUUCCCUCACACUUCACAGCAGCCUACACUAAGGAAGUGUAUGGAUAUCAGAGAUAGAGGUGAAAUAUAGAACUCACUGGGGCUCCUUAUUUUCGUAUUUAAAUUUCAACAUACUUUUCUAAUUUUGAGUUUGUUGGUGAACUUCAUUAUCUUCCUCUCUCCCUGUUAGUAGUUCAACGGGAGAAGAGUGGCCUGGUAAGCAAUCAGCUCCAACAGAGGAAUGCUUGCUGUCAGACAGAGUAAGUACAGUAAGUGACUGACCUUAACAUGAAGACACUGAUCUGUUGAACUGCUUAUCUGUCAUGUAUAACACUUUGACCACUGACCCCCACUCCCUUCCUAUCAUUCACAGGCAUGGCUAUAUCACCGUGAAUGAGGCAGUAAGUAACUCUGAUGUACUAGAUCUCUGUAAUGUUUUGGGUAGAUUCAAUAUAUUUUUCUCAUUCAAAUCUGAGCCACAGCAAUGAGUCACAGUUUCCAUGUACAUAAUCAUUCAUCAUUCUGACAGAAGACAUCACUAUCAGUUGUGUUGCGUAGCAACGUACAGUUGAUAUUAUGAUAUUUGAACUGUUGUGGGUGUGUGACAUACAUAGUUCACCACCCAUAAUAACAAUGUACUGUACAGUAUAUGAUGUCCCUCCUUGCACGUUAGGAAUAUAUUUUAUGCCUAUUGUGAUAACGCUCUCAAUCUCUCUCUGUCUCUCUCUUCGUCUCGCUCUCUGUCCUCUAUGUAGGACCUCCUUCAACUCGCAGAGUAUCUACAGGUGUGUAAUCCUGCUCUGCUGACUCCUUAGAUUACUGCAAAGAAGCUACCGUAUUUGAAUCUAUAAUGAUAAUCCAUAUCAUUGAGACAUGCCUUUUAGUCAGAACCUCAACCUCACUUGUAUUAUGGUGUAUCUCUUUCCAUAGGAGGCUCUGUGGCGAGAAGAUUCUCUGAAACAGAAGCUGGCUCUACUGCAGCACACCACCUCUACUAUACUGCUCUCACAUGACAAUGUCUGGAAGGUUAGAACCUGGAUCUCUUAUACACUGAUGUGAUGUCCACAAAUGUCCCUCUACCUUUGCCCAUAUCUCAAUCAUACUCAUGUAUGCACACUGAAUUACUGUAUUUCUGUACCAUACUCUGUUUCAUGAAGGGACUGCCAUGUAGUUUUGACAGUGGGUUGAUGUUCUGAGCAACUGCUGUAUUGUGACAUAGGGUCCUUGGGGUGUCUGGUCCAUCACUUCUCUAAAUGAGGUAAUACUGUGUUUGGUUCAGUGAUCUAGUUUAAGACAGGCUGUGGUUUCAGAGACGAGUUCACAGUGUUUCCACCAUCAUUCUACUGGAGGAGCUGUGGUCUACCCUGCAUCCUGUCACUGAGAAGCUGAGCGAGAAACACGAGAAAUGUACAGAGACAAAUGAAAUGGCACAGGAACCGUUUACCACCGUCUGCCAGUUGCUAUCUGCUUUUCUGUCUUUCUACCUCACUGUCAGUAUGUCUCAUCUCUCUCACACGUCUCAUCUUUCUCUACCCUCACAGAUCUGUUGUAAAGAGGACACGAUGAAGGGAAAGAUUGGGGCACUAGAGUCACAGCUGAAGAUCUGUGUACAGGUGUGUUCAAGAACACUGUCUGUACCUAUAUGACUUACAGUAUGGAUGCUCAUACAAAAUCACCACCAGGCUGAAACCACAAAGAGCAAUCAUCAUUAUGCUGACUCAUUCUCCUCUCUUUCUCUCAGAGGCUGUCUAGGGAUGGAGCCAAGAUGCUGCUGCUACAGUCGGAGCAGCAGAGACAGGAGGUGGAGGAGAUGGCCGUGGCCGCGCUCCAGAGGGUCACUGACCAGACGACCAAGGCCCAGGAGAGGGCUCACAGCCUGGAGGUAAGGGGUCAGACAGGGCUGCACUCUGGAUCACGCAAAAUAGCACUGUGUUCUAUUACAGUCAAUGAUUAAUUCAAUGUAUGUGAUUCGAUUUGAGAAAUUUGAUUUGACUGUCUUAGGACAGUUUCACUGUGUGUGUAUUUUGUGUGUCCACCAGAUGGCACUGCAGACAGCCCAGGUUCAGUCAUCACAGUGGAGAGAGCGCUAUGAGGAGGAGAGGAUCAAAUGCACCCAAAUGAGGAAGUCUCUGGUGCAGAACAUUGACCAUAUAAACCUGUUACAGAGCCAGCUCGAGGUACACACACACAUAUAUAUAUUUAUAUGUAUUUCUGGAUUGAAUGGGAUCCUAUGGGCAAAUGACAUAAUACAAUAAUAUAUGCCUAUAAAGUAUCUAAAUAUGUGAGAUAAGAACCAAAAGCUGUCUUGGGACAUCAAACAAUAUUACAGGUAAGUGUGAAAACAUGUCAAAAUGGGAGAUAUCCUCCUUUAAGUGGCGGGGUUGCUCUUUGCUGAAACAAACUCAAAAUUAUGGCUUUAAGUAAAUUAAAUGGGGUUUAUCCCCCCUUUAUUUCUUGACAAACCUUACUUAAUCAAACAACUGAUAUUUAAAAAGUUAUAGAUUACUUAUCCUAGUAAAUAAGUUCCCAGCAUAGCACACCCAUUGACUAUACAUUAGAAUUAGCUUAUGAUCAGCAAGACAAAGGAGCUGAUCGUGGACAACAGGAAAAGGUGGGCCGAACAGGCCCCCAUUAACAUCGACGGGGCUGUAGUGGAGCCGGUCGAGAGUUUCAAGUUCCUUGGUGACCACAUCACCAAAGAAACUAUCAUGGUCCAAAAACACCAAGACAGUUGUGAAGAGGGCACGACAACACCUUUUCCCCCUCAGGAGACUGAAAAUAUUUGGCUUGGGUCCCCAGAUCCUCAAAAAGUUAUACAGCUGCACCAUCGAGAGCAUCCUGACCGGUUGCAUCACCGCCUGGUAUGACAACUGCUCUGCAUCCGACCGUAAGGCGCUACAGAGGGUAGUGCGUACGGCCCAGUACAUCACCAAGUCAUAGAAUGUUCUCUCUGCUACCGCACGGCAAGCGGUACCGAAGCGCCAAGUCUAGGUCCAAAAGGCUCCUUAACAGCUUCUACCCCCAAGCCAUAAGACUGCUGAACAAUUAAUCAAAUGGCCACCCGGACUAUUUACAUUAACACCCCCCCCCCCCCCCCCCCCCCCCUUGUUUUUACACUGCUACUACUCGCUGUUUAUUAUCUGUGCAUAGUCACUCUACCCCUACCUACAUGUACAAAUUACCUCGACUAACCUGUACCCCCGCACAUUGACUCGGUACCGGUAACCCCUGUAUAUAGCCUCGUCAUUGUAAUUUAUUGUGUUACCUUUUAUUUUAUUUUUUACUUUAGUUUAUUUAGUAAAUAUUUUCUUAACUCUAUUUCUUGAACUGCAUUGUUGGUUAAGGGCCUUGUAAGUAAGCAUUUCACGGUAAGGUCUACACCUGUUGUAUUCGGCGCAUGUGACAAAUAAAAUUUGAUUUGAUUAUCAUUACCGAUAUUAAGGUUCUCAUUACCGAAACGGACCUAAAAAUAACGUGGUAAUGAGAAAUGUAUGUUUCGUUAAUGAGAGGCCCUUAGCUUAAUCUGCAAAUAAUAGGAGACAGACAAGUAUGCAAACAAUUGACCUCAUCACUGAAGCCUAUUCAUGCCGCCAUGGUUAUAAGGUAAUGGCUCUCUAAAUUUGUAAUAGCAGAAUGCACAAGGUGCAAUUUUGAAAUUGGUUAGUGCAUCAUCAGUUUUCCUCUUGUCAUGUCAGUCAUUGCAUACCUUAGAGAGCUAUUUAUAACUUGUCAGAAAUGUCCAGAUCAACUAGCCCAAGUCAGCUAAUGUUUUUAGCCCACAGAUUUAGUUAAAAAACAAUGCUUGUGCCCAUAGAAAUAGACGUGGGGGGCACGGGACGUUCCCAUUGCUGGAAGGGGGGCCUGAUUGAAAAGGUUUGGAAACCCCUGCUCUAGAUGAUGCAUCAUGGGUGGAUUUAAAAACUACUUGGAGUUUUUACAGGAACUUAAAAAAGUGUUACGUAAUGACAAAUGUUCACAGACACUGUGUUUUUACGUAAUAAAUAUUACAGUUGAAUGUUAUUAUAGUUAUAACUACUAUAUUAUAGUUUAAUAUUAUAGUUAAACUGGUAUAGCAUUUUUAUUAUUUAUGUACACACAUUUUUUGUGUUUUAUUCAAAUAAGUUGGGUUUUUCUAAUGUCAAAUUGCAUAAAAUUAUACGAGAAUUGAAUCCGGAAACAUUUCGUUAAUGAUAAUUUGGGGUGAAAAUGUACAAAAUUCAGGCGGAAAUGUAACAUAUAUUUAAAAUAAGACACUGUGACAUAAACUAGACAUCUUAGUCUUUAGAAUGAUAGUUGAUUUUUGCAGAUGCAUCAUGGUUUUGUAACCCAAUUUGCUACUGACAUGGUUAAAACUGGUUUCAAGAGAAUCACCCACGCACGCACACAGCACUGACCUGUUGUUAGAGUGACAUAAGAUAUCUACAUACCAUCAUAUAUUUCCCUUUGCAUCCAUCCAGAGAGUGAUGGGACAGGAGGAAACUCUGAAGAGCCAGUUGCUGCAGCACCAACACACUGAGGCUGAGCUCCACCUCAAGAUCAGCCUUCUAGAGGAUAACCUGCACAGCUGCAGGACACAACAAGACACAUGGCGACAGCAGCAGCAAGACACCAAGAAACAGCAGGAGAUUGUCAAAGGACGGCAACAGGACUCCAUAGGUGUAGUAUAUUAAAUACCCACUAGCAGAUAAAACUGUUGGAUUGUGUUACUGUAGUAGUAGUAGGUCAAGGAAUGUUUGAACUGCUAUUUUGACCAUUAUAUUUAUUGGUCUGUAAAUGUGUUGACCUCAUCACUAGAGCAUCCCUUAGAUGAGCAGUUUCAUCCAGCCAUGUCACACCACAGCAACAAGAAGCAAAGCAUGAUGGAAGCCAACGUCCAUAGGCGAGAGGUCUGGAUAUGUCUACAAUUCCCUUUCUCAUCUUAGUAAUGUCAAACCCAGAGCACCAUCAUAGCAUUUAAGUCAAUGUCUGUCCCCACUGUCUUCAUACUGUAUGUCUCCAACAUGUUUAUUGGCUAUGCUUGAUUUUUGUCCUAUAUUAACUUGAUACUGAUGGAAUCUUUAUUUUUUCCACCAAGAGACGCUGUUGUCCCUGGUUUAUCCUGCUGUCUCUGUUCCUGGUAGUCACGGUGGUGGCCAUUUUGACGUUGUUAUUGGCCGAUAUCCCCACAACAAGGAAUCAGCUGUGGGACCUUUACCAAGUACUACAAGAACACACAGAGAAGUAUCUCUAUGACAUUACCACAGCAUUGCUAUAGGCCCAUAUGACAAGACCUGGGAACUGGACAAACCACUGAAGAACGUGCUCUGAGGGUUUUGGGAAAUAUGUUUAUUGCAUUUUACUUGUAAUGUUUUCUGUAUAGCGCAGUCAACAUUAUAGCGAAGGAUAUCUAUCAUCCAUUGAAAAUGUCAUCUUGAAGUAAAUGUGUAUUUCUAAUGCGUUGUAUGGUUACUGCAUCAUGUUCAUGCAUACGUGUUUCAUCCUUUCAUAAUAAUCAAAUACAUAUAGCCUCAGUAUAGCUGACACACUUGCCACUUUUAUAACUGAACAGUAAAACUGACAUAAAAUACCAUUGAAUAAAAACACUUGCAGGAAUAUGGUAUGACUUUUUGUCAAUUUGAAUCAAACCCUUUUUCAUUACUGAAUACAUUUAAUUGCUGAUUCGCCUCAUUUAAAAAAAAUUGCUGAUCACUUGCCUAGUUAUGGACAUUUUUAUAAUUAAAAAAAUACAAUACAAAUCAUUAGGAGGAUAAAAGUUAUUGAAAAAUGAAAUGCUAUCUAACCACAAGACUAAAUGUUGUCCAAAAAGUGCAGUGACACCCCUUAUACUAAUUUCAUGGACCAAAACAAAAGGUUUAAAUUCCAUAAAAUUAUAAAUAUUUUGGUGAAAAGGUCUAACAGAAAAUAAACAAUCCAUUUGGUUUACCAAAUCAUCUACUGUUACCUGAUCUUAUCCACUAGUAUUAGCAUAAAAAAACAAGUAAAGGGUAUAGGAUACUGUUCACAUACCUAGCAGGAACAGUUAGAAUGGAUCUCAGCAGUCAUGAUGAGAUACAAACGUAUAAUAACCACUUGAGUAAUCAUAAAAGUUCACAUAAUAGAUUAACCACUUGCUUGUUUUUUCUCCAAAAGAAAAAAUAUAUAAAUAUCUUGCUUUAGCACUGAAACGUCAGAGAUAUUCUUCAUGGGUUAAAAACAGGUAGCAGACAUAACAAUGACAUGGACAAAGCUUGAUCACUGACUGGUAUUGUGUAACUGGGGUACAGGGUUAUGCCUGUAACUCAUUGACUAUGUUCAAUGUUGCCUUGCCAUCCAAUGCUCCUCUAGUUCUGUCCAUAUAGAGUACAAGGCCCUGGGGCUUUACAACUGCAGACAGACACUAUCACACCAUGUUUUACUGACUGCCACAGUAGUAGUCUUACAAUGCCUGUUAGCAGCAUUUACCACAAUAUAUACACAUGGCCCCUCUCAGCGAACAUUAUAGCAAAAUAACGAAAAAAGGCUAUAUUGAAGCGAUCCCUCUCCUUUUUCCUAUUCUGAUGAACAUGCCUUUAUAAACAUAAGUACUAGUUUGCUGACUACAGGUCCCCUCAUGGCCCAGUAGUAGAGAGGCAGCAGUAAGAAGACAGUGUCCAGACAGAGCUGUGUAUGAGACUGACUGGCCUUUUUAGGGCUGUGGUGGACUGGGCUGCUUCACUGGGCGUGCAGGGCCUGCGGCAGGCUCAUGCCAGCCCCCGGGGACAGAGCCUGAGGCCAGCCCUCCUGGCCCUGGUGGGUCUGCAACAGGCGGUACAGCUGCUUCAGGUGGGUCACGAUGUUAUCCUUGAUGUCCGGGAUGGAGAUCUGCAGGCGCACACUGCCACUGUCGAAGGAGCGCAUGCAGUCGCCUGAGAACAUCUCAGUGAUCAUACGUGCUACCACAGGGAUGAUCUGGAGGGGAGCAGAGGGCCAAAUAAGUGGCUGUUACAGUGAAGGGACUCAACAGCAAAACACACAUGCUUGAGGGUCAAUGCAACACAUUUUAAAAUGAUGAAAAACGAAUGUUUCAUUAGUUUUCUAUGAAUCAUUGCAUGAAACAUCUUGAUACAAAGACUGUCUCAUACCUGCACCAUGAUGAGCUUCCUCUCCCUGGGUCUGCUGUCAGGCCACUCCUCUCCAAAGCACAGGUUGAUGUCGAACUGAGGAGGGCUGGCCGACUGGCCCCUCUGAUGGGCUAUUACACCUGCACACGUCAAAUAUAAACCUAUCACAAUCAUAUCACAUAGCAAAUCACUCUCACAGCUUACACUGAGUGUACAAAACAUUAGGAACAUCUUCCUAAUAUUGAGUUGCACCCCCUUUUGCCCUCAGAACAGACUCAAUUCGUCGGUGCAUGGACUCUACAAGGUGUCGAAAGCGUUCCACAGGGAUGCUGGCCCAUGUUGACUCCAAUGCUUCCCAAAGUUGAGUCAAGUUGGCUGGAUGUCCUUUGGGUGGAGGACCAUUCUUGAUACACACAGCAGCAUUGCAGUUCUUGACACCAGUGCGACUGGCACCUACUACCAUACCCCAUUCAAAGGCACUUCAAUCUUUUGUCUUUCCCAUUCGCCCUCUGAAUGGCACACAUACACAAUCCUUGUCUCAAUUGUCUCAAGGCUUAAAAAUCCUUCUUUAACUGGUCCCCUCCCCUUCAGCUACACUGAUUGAAGCGGAUUUAACAAGUGACAUCAAUAAGGGAUCAUAGCUUUCACCUGGUCAGUCUGUCAUGGAAAGAGCAGGUGUUCCUAAUGUUUAGUACAUUCACUGUACAUGCAAUAACAGCUACAGUAAAUGCCAUAUUAUCACACUAUCACAAUACCUCCUAAGGGCACAGCCUAAUAUAUAUAUAUAUAUAUAUAUAUAUAUAUAUAUAUAUAUAUAUAUAAUAUAUCGAUAAGCAAGAAGCUGUGCCAAGAGUAGUACAAAACAUUGUUGCUGUAGGAAGGUUAGAGUCUGUCUAUGCUAAAAGGGUCAGUAGGAUCGGAGUCAGUACUUACCGCUGAGAAAGGACUCCAGACAGAACAGCUUGAUCUUCCUCUGCCUCUCUAUGAGGUUGGGUGCAUUGGGGUUGGGUGCACAGGGGCCUGACCAGUACACCUUGCACUGGCAGAGGCGGACGGCAUAGAUGUCAUGGCCGCUGACCUCCAGGAUGAGGCCUCGGUCCAUGACGUCCAGUAGGCGGUUGGUGAAGACCCUCUGCUUGUCAUUGGCGAUGUGCUCGGUAGAGGGGAACCUCAGCUGCUCCAGGCUGAUAGGGCCAAACAGCUCCUCCUGGUUGACCAUGGGGCCCAGGUCCCCGUAAAACAGCCUGCAGCCCUGGGGGUUACUGACCGUCAUGGCUGGACACACCUCCUUACCCCG